CCACUCGGCAGAGGAACCAGGUAGAAAGUGAUUCAGCUCGGACUCUGGCUAGGUGGUGUCGCUGUCGGUAUUUGUUCGUGGCCCGCAGGAAGCGCACUGUUUUGUGUGUUUGCUACCGAUUAGUUCCUCCAGAUUUGCUCUCCCGUGACGUCGUUCCGCGAUUCCGUCCUUCAUGCAUGUUUUGCUUGUUAUGUCUGCGAGCAGCUUUUUGAUUGUGUCGUGUGUUUUAAUUUGCAUAUUUUGUUCAGGGGAUACUUGGCCCCAGUGUGUUUGAUAUUGGAACGGGGAGCUUGCUAUAGUAACGGGUUGAGUAAACAGGCCCAUUUCUUUGUGAUAAAAGUGAACUGGCUUGUGGUUUUGUUUUUCUAAGAUGUUCCACGAUAGUGAAUAUGAUGGGGCUACGCAUAGGAGGUCACAAAACUUGAAUUCGCUGGUACCUACCUUGGUAGUAAACAAAAUUCCACAGCGAUGCUAGUGAGCGAAGUAUUCUGUUUGGUUCCGUGUGUGAUUCCCUCGUUUGUGCGUGCGUGCGUGACCAAAAACAAGUUGUGAUGGCGAAGAAUGAACAGAGGAGAAAAUGCAAAUUUCUGCGACAGAAUUUAGCCUGCCUUUGGAUUUCGAUUGCGUAAAUUUGAUUAGGAGUUGCUUUCCAUCGUUACGGAAUUUGUUUGCCGGAAUUGAAUGUCGCAACGGCGCGCAGCACCGUUUCUGAUUUCAUUUUGUUACCGCUGCACGUGAGUUCCAGCGAGAAAUGUGCACUUAAUCAGCAAAUUACGAAAAGCCACCAUCAACAGCGAAAGUAAUUUGUGCUAAAUUAUCUUCAAGAGACGCCUAUUUGCCCUGAAAUAACCUAUCCUUCACUGAAGAUAACCAUUCGUGGUACAAAACGAAAGACCGGCACUCGUGAACAGGGUGAAGAAACGAAUCAAGCACCUGUGGGUUACCUACCAGCUAGAAUAAUGCUGAGGCGCUAUGGCAGUAAUAGCGCCCAGUAUAUAUGCUGCCAUCGUGACAUGUGUUGGAUUUGCCUGCUUCGCGUUGAGUGCCACGGCCGUCGGGUUACCGGUGUGGGCUCGCUUCCGGAGUUAUGGCGGCUUCGAAGACUACGGCUAUUUUGGACCAUGGAAAGUCUGCCGACAGUUAGUCUAUAGCUACCGGGAGAAAUGUGGACCGGAAGUAUCACACUUCAGACCGCCAAACACCAUUUUUGUGGCCGGCCUGCUCGCCUGCUUCGCCUGCAUCUCAUUCGGGAUGUACUGUAUUUUCUGUAUCCUGCAGAUCGCGAUGAUCUCAUCCCGCGAAAAAGUCGUCUUGCGAUACACCACUCUAGUCGCUCUGAAGCUGAGUCUUGCACUGGUCGGAGCAGUGCUGGCACUCAUUGCGGCCAUCGUUUUCGGUGUCACGGCCGACAACAGCAGAGGACAGUUCGAGGUGACACGCGGGGUGUCCUUCCAUGUGCAGCUCGUUGUAGUAGUCCUAUCAAUCUGUCUAGUGUUGCUGGCGGUCUACGAUAUGAUUCUAUCGCGCCAAACAGACGGAGAUCCCACGAUGCUGCCAACGGUGAGUAACGGCAGAUGUACACCAACCACUGUGGUCAAUCCUGGAUACAGAGACACACCUCGGGGCCGAGGCAGUCGUGUGGGAAUAUCUGUAACGGAUUCCUCGGGUCGUCCCUACACCGGCAGCAGUGCUACCGUUAGCGGUAGCGUUCAAUCUAUGAGCACCACUGUGACCUCGAUGUCUGGCUCAACCGCUAGUACCACCCGAACACCGUUGAGAUCUAGCUUGAAGAAACCACGACCUCCGGAGGGCACCGAUGCCUUGGGCAUUCAAAAUCCGGGCUACUCGGGUUCGGGACAAUCACCGCGUUUAUCGCGGAACGGAAGCGUGAAGAAGGUUCGCAUCCAAACGCACGACACGGAAGUGUGACAGAAAUUGAUCUGUGCGGAAGCGGAAGUUGGUUAACAACUUUCUGUAUGUCGUUUUGUGGUGCGCUGAGGGCAUCACGGUAGAAAUUUAUCAAUCUUAACUGUACGCGGGUAAUUAUCCAGUUGUAAGAUAGACACGGUUUCAUCUUGUUAUGAUAGCUAUUUUGUAGAAGAAUGGAUUUCAUUGAUAACUAAGAAUUGUGUAGAAGAUUCUUGAAGAUGUAUCGAAACAUUUUGACGUGGGACUACGUCUAUCCGUAAUAUAUGGGGGGGGGGGGGGUUUGGUAAAAUGAAAGCCUUAAAAAACACAGAACAUGUAGGAAAAAAAUGAAUGAUUUCGAAUGCUUAUAACUCGAACAUUUUUUACUGGAUCGGAAAGAUGAUUGCAUCAAUUGAUAGGGAAUAUUUCUACGCAUUCAUCGCAAUUAAUAAAAUAUUAUUUUUCAUUAGACAAACAAUUGAAUAACUAUAAAAUGUUAAGCGUUAUCUAAGCGCCCUAACUGCCUUGUUUUGAUUGGCCCGAUUCACGAUUUACCCCAACACAGCCAUCAAAACCAAGCAGCCUUGGGGAAAUCGGCAUUGCAAAUACAUGAAAGUAGGGGGACUUUUGUUCCCUCCGAAAUGUGUUCCCUAACAGAUAUUUCAAAACCAAGGUGCCUGGGGGAAAUCGGUAUUGGAAAUACGUGCAAGUCGGGGGUAUUUUUGUUCCGACUAAAAUGUGUUUCCCCAACACAAACUUCAGAAUCAAGGUGUCUGGGGAAAUUGGCAUUGCAAAUUCAUGCUGGGCGGGGAUAUUUUUGUUCCGACUGAAAUGUGUUUCCCUAACACAGACUUCAAAUCCAUGGAGCUUGGGGAAGUUGACAUUGUAAAUUCAUGCAGGUCGAGGGUAUUUUUGUUCCGACUGAAAUGUGUUUCCUUAACACAGACUUCAAAUCCAUGAAGCGUGGGGAAAUUGGCAUUCCAAAUUCAUGCAAGUUGGGGGCAUUUUUGUUGCGACUAGAAUUUGUUUCCCCAACACAGAUUUCAGAACCGAGGUGUCUGGGGAAAUCGGCUUUGCAAAUAAAUGCAAACUGCGAGUACUUUUGCACUCACUUGCCUUUGUGCAGACUAAAAUAUGUUUCCCACGGUCUUCAAAGCUUCGGAACCUGGGAAAAUCGUGCAGACACUAGAGGGGAAUGAACUUUCAAGUUUAAAGCAUAUAGUAUAAAAAGUAGAAGUUGAAGUUGUUGAUUCAUGUAAGAAGGGGGUACUUUUGCACCCGUAUGUUUUUUUUGUACUCCGAAAGGGAUUACAAAAGCGGGUACGAACACAACGUUGUGGCUCGAUUAUUCAAGAUUCUUCUGUUCAUCGAAUUUCCACGCAUACCAUUUGAUGAUUAGGCGAAAUGUUGAUAACAAUUUGGUACGAUAACGCCUAUUGAUGAAAAAAUGUCUGGCGAAUACGGCGGGUGAGGUAGGACCUUCCAUUUCAGCGUUUCCGAGUAUGUUUUGACCGGUUUCGCGACAUGCGGCCGAGCAUUGUAAUUAUUUUUUUUGCAAUUUGUAAUUUGUGCUUUUUCCUUCAUGUUGAUGUAAUGAAGUAACACUCCCCGCAAAAACACUCUCGUUGAUACAAAAUUCGAUAUAGAAGUAGUAGUAGCGAAAAGACUAUGUAGCGAAGUAGCAAAAGACUAUGUUGUUUACGCUUCAAUUUUUUUACAUAUACUUAAAAAGACGCGCAAUGACAGUAGCUUUCCAACAAAUGUCUGAGAAUUUGAUUCACUGGAAUAAUAAUCAAGUUACGCCAUCUGUUGUGAAACCGAAGAAACUUACCGGUACACCUAAUAAUAUUAUCGUUUGAUAAUUCUUCCGUUCACAUAUUUUGUCCUAGGCAUCAUACCAAACGUAAAAGGACUGUCAUUAAAUUUACUUGUAAUGUAGAACAUAAUAUAUCACAAUGCAUGAAUUGACCUUACAUGGCAUUUGUUCAAUCUUUUUACUCACAAAGCAAAUAUAUUGAAUUCAAGUGAAUUCGGAAAUUGUUUCAUUCAAUCAUAAAUUUAAUCAAUACAAACAAGUGAUUGCUAGGCUAGGGUAGUCCCACGUCAACCUUGCGGUUAUAUCAUAGAUAUAACCCACCAAUUUUUUUAUAAUAUUUAUACACACGCGCACACACAAAAAAGCAAACCUGAUGAGAACUCAUAUAGAGCUCGAUUGGGACCUAUGCACUAGAUCGUACGAGUGAAUAUUGCACUUUACGGUAAUGUCAAUGAGUAUAAUGAUUUAAUCCAAAUGAAAUGAAAGGUACAAAAUCACGGUUGUUGAGUAGCAUAUAUUGUUUCCAGAUGGUACUAUCAGAUGGCAUGAAAAGUAUCGGACCACGCACACGGAGAUAUUGCGACUUAUAUUAAUUGGUUUUCAAUCAGACGCGAUAUUUGUGUUCGAUGCUCGGACCUUCUCAUGCCUUGUAGUUUAAUCAUUUGCGUAUUUAUAGUUUUUACACCUCAGUUCGAAUCGGUAAUCAUCCAAAUAGCAUGACUUCGUCUUUGAUCUCUCGCGAGUAUUUGAACUACUAUCAGCAUUAUUCAAAAAUUUUUAACUCUGCAGUUUUAUUGGUUGUUAGUAUUUACUUCAAAGAUCUUUAUUUAUAUGUUGAAUAAUUUUAUUUACUAGGCAUAGAUGUUUUGUGGAUAAUUACGUCAACGUUUUUGUUACAUUGUAGUAUCGCACAUAAUAUAUAGUAAGAGAUGAGCUAAGCCCAUAAAAUAAAACACUUUAGAUCAAUUUUAAUAUCUUGUUCGGCACUGGCAUCAUGACUACUUUCGAGUCCGUCCCACGCGAUGACCACAACAUAGUAACAUUUGUAUGUAGCAUAUGAAUAUUCAUAUUAAAAUAUUUAUUGCAGCGAAUUCAAUACUUUUUACGACUUACCAUUAAACUUAUAUUAUAGUAGUUACGAGUUUUUACUCACCAUUUCGAAUAGUCGCGGUUACAUUAAGGAAGCCAUCAAAUAUUAGUCCAAAGGGAAAUUGAGCAAAAUGUGUAGUGAAUGUCGUAAUGUUAAUGUUCAGGGAAACGAAUGCUGGACUCUCGCCAAGAAAUCAAUUUCUUCAAACCCUUUCCGUCCAAAUUAGAAUCUAAACUGCAAGAAAAAAAAACAAAAACUGAAUUAUUUACUGCGAACUGUGAUUAAACGCUAAAUGCUAAUAAAUGGAAAUUUGCAUAAUAAA